AAAGAGUUCCCGCGAAUCCACAAAUAACUUAUCAAUAUAUUCAAAAUAUAUUAAUAAUCAAUGAGAUUAAACCAUAUAAAAAAGAAGAAGAUAUAGUAGUAAAAAAAUUAAAUCUUGUUAAAUGGAUGUUUCAACAAAUACAUUCUGGUUUUGUUGCGAUUAAAACAGUUAAUGAUGCAAAAAAAUUUUAUAAUACAUGGAAUCUUUACAUUUCAAAUAAUAUAGAUGAUGAUAAUUAUUUUCAGUAUAAAAGUAAAACAGAAGAAUACUUAGCAAUGUUAUUUGCAAAAUGGAUUAAAAUUAAUGUAGUGUCGGAAACAGAAUUACCGCCUAGUAUUCCAGAUGUGAUUGCCGGAUCUCGUAGAAUACGAGAAGAAGAUAGUGAUGAUGAUGAGUCUAGAAGAAGUAAAGCUAAAGGAAGAAUUUUAUAA